CCACACAAAUCUAUACUAAUGGAGAGGCUAAAAAUGCUGACUAUAAUAUUAUCAAUAUUAAUAAUAUUUCUUUGAGCAACAGCUCAAUAUUUAUAUUAGAUUCAUACACGUUUGAAGACAAACAAUUAAGAUCAUUAGAUCAUUCACGUAUAAAAAGUAAUAAUCAAAUAACUAACGCUCAUAUAGAUGAACAAGUAGAGACAGAUAAUACAUUUAAUCGUCCAAUUCAACCUUCAACUGAUCUAGUUUCUCAUUCUUUCUAA